CCUGCAGCAUGCCUGUACCCGCAGUACUACUUGCCUUGAAAGAUAGGUUCUCCCGCGACGACUCCACAGGCACUAAGCUUUUCGAAGUAUGUGUGCUGCCAUCGGGCGUAAGGCGAAAAAACUAAGCUUCGCCCGGCUCACUCAGCAUGAACUCCAAUAUGUCCGUGAAGAUACUUCCUCGGUCUCGUCACAAAAGUUGCAUCCCUUCCCGGUUGGUAUACCGUUGUUCGUCUCCAGCACAAGUAAGGUGGCCUCAAUAUGGCGUUUCUAGCAUCGACGCCUCUUCUCAUCGUCGUUGGCACUCUCGUAUUCUACACACUCAGCCGCUUCUUCUUGCGCAAGAAAAGCCAUGAUCUUCCGCUUCCUCCAGGCCCCCAGGGCAUUCCCCUCAUUGGCAACAUUAAUGACUUACCGAAGCCUGGAAUCCUCGAAUGCCAUCAUUGGCUUAAACACAAAGACCUCUAUGGUCCUAUAAGCUCGAUCACGGUUCUGGGUCAGACGUUCGUCAUCGUCAACGAUGCGAACAUAGCAGUAGAGCUGCUAAGCAAUCGGGCGGCGAUCUAUUCAGGGAGGCCACAUAUGGUAUUCAGUGGAGACAUGAUUGGCUGGACCAAGACGUUGGCAAUGCAUCAACCCGAUCAGAACUUCAAACAUCAUCGUCGCAAUAUUGCGAAAGUAGCCAGCUCCAGCACGUCUCUUGCGGUCUUUGAUCGCGUCCAGAACGAAGAAGCUGCACAUUUCCUCCUGAAUGUCAUGGAAUCUCCCAACGAUCUGUUUGAACACAUCAGGAAAGAAGCAGGUGCUGUCAUAUUGAGAGUCACUUAUGGCUAUACGCCGAACGCGAAGGGACCGGAUCCGCUAGUAGAUAUAGCAGGCCAAGCGAUGGCCGAGUUUGCAGACUCGAGUGUGCCGGGAAGAUGGCCUGUCGACGUCAUGCCCUUCUUACGUUUCCUCCCAGACUGGUGUCCAGGUACCGGCUUCAAGCGUACAGCACGGCAGAUGGCAAAAACCUUGAUACGCACGGCCGAAGAGCCCUACGCUUUCGUCAUAUCACAGAUGCAGGAUAAGAAAGCGAAGACGUCCUUCCUCUCCCAAGCCAUCGAAUCCCUCGGCUCAGACGCGUCCAUGGAGUACAUCAACAAAUGGUCCGCUGCAUCCAUGUACCUAGGCGGCGCGGACACCACCGUAUCAUCGUUAAUGACGUUCUUUUUGGCCAUGGCCGUCUUUCCAGAAGUUCAAAAGAAGGCGCAAGAGGAGCUGGACCGUGUGAUUGGCGGAGAGCGACUACCAAUCACUAGCGAUAAAUCAAGCUUGCCGUAUAUUGAGGCCGUAGUGAAGGAAACGCACCGAUGGCAUCCUGUGGGGCCCAUGUCAAUACCCCACUCCUGCACGCAAGAGGAUAGCAUCAAUGGGUACAGAAUACCGAAAGGAGCGAUGAUCUUGCCUAACAACUGGUGGUUCACACAUGACCCAGCCGUCUACCCCGAUCCAAUGGUCUUCCGUCCCGAACGCUACAUUACGACGCCAACUCACACCGCGGAGCCUGAUCCACGCACGUGGACAUUCGGGUACGGGCGUCGAGUCUGCCCUGGACGCUAUGUCGCAGACAACGCUCUAUUCACGACAAUCGCGCAAUCGCUAGCUGUCUUCAAUGUCGAGAAGCCUGUCGAGAAUGGAAAGGUUGUAGAGCCUAGGGUCGAAUUUGAACCUGGCGUUGUAAGCCAUCCGAAACCGUACCGUGUGAACAUCGUACCGAGGAGUGAGAAAUGCCGAGAGUUGGUCAAGAACGCGGAGGAGGUGUACCCAUGGGGCGAAAGCGAUGCUGAGACGUUGAAGAAUCUGAGCUAGAUGCUGAGGGUGGGAGUGGUACAACGCCUGCCGAGGUGGAGAUUUGAGGUCAACAGGUACUCAUUGCGCGAGUCCGCAAAGUCGCGUCUAGGCAGACGGUCUUAGCCGUUCACGUGUAAUUAUUCGAUGUUACCCGAGAAAAAAUGCCGUGAGUAAAUCUACGUACGAAGCAGUCACAGUGGAGCAAACGCUGCAAGCCAAGAAUGAUACAAAUUCAUUUUGGGUGCGGC